AAGAGCUCAGAGUGGGAUUGAGUGGCGGCGGGAGAAGUGACGGUGGCAGCGCUCCUGUCCGGUAGCGGGAGAAGAAGCCCCAGCAGAGCCGGUUUCAGCUCCAGACGCCAGCAGGGCCCCCGGGCUGCUAUUCCCGAGAACCUGACGCACAGAGAGCGAGCCGGCGCUCCCUUGUUAAAAAGUCGAGUCGGGGGUCGCUGAGAUCCCCCCAGCCGGAGCGCGAAAGCUGAACUUGCCCGGGCAUCCUUUCCUUUGGAGCGCCCCGAGUGCCUUGCCUCCUGGACCGCUUCAGCUCUUCUCGUCUGAAUCCCGAAGGUGCCGAGCGUGGGAAUCUCUUCUUUUUUUCCCCACCAACCCACCCCCUCCUCCCCUUCUGUGAGCAAGAAGAGGGGCGAUCUACUUGUGGCAACUUUUUCUUCUUCUUCUUUGCCUUUCUGGCUGGGACUUGAGGCGACCUGCUUUUUGACAGCCGCUGCGAGAAAGGAGAGGACUCAGACAAGUGGGUUUGAAACUCGGAAACGCUCCAGACCGACCCAGGACACUCCCACGAGGAGUGCGAAGGGGCGGAGGAGGGAAGGAAAAAAAGGACUUCAAAAGUUUCUGGAUUCCAUCCUUCUUCGGAGCGAUAAAGAGGCACCCCUGAAGCAUUAUUCCUUCCUUGGACUGAGAAAGGGAUUCCGAAUUUGAAAAAUAACUUUUAUUUGGGUCUUCCUCCCCCACCCCAUCCCCUCCCAACAGUCACAGUCGGGAAGUGAUGCGCAUUCUGGAUCUUUGAGGUGAAACUGUGUGUGUUCGAGUCUGACUUUUUUCUAGCCAAACUGGGGGCUCGAAUCAAUGCCUUGUUGCAAAAAAGUAAGACUUUAAUUGAUCACUUUUGAACUGUUGUCUUCAUUGUUGAAAGAGUGUUGUUAUAAGAACUCUACCUACUUCAUAACUGUGGCAGCUGUGAACUUUUUUAAGUUGUAACAAACCAACUUCCUUUCCUAGGUCUGUUUUUUGGGCUAUAGGUGAACAAACUUGUGGACUGUAUUCUAUGACUGCAAAGAUGGAACCUACAUUCUACGACGAUGCCAUCAAUGCUACCUUUGUGCAGCCAGAAAGUGGUGCUUAUGGAUAUAAUAAUCCCAAAGUUCUGAAGCAGAACAUGACUCUCAAUCUGGCUGACCCUUCCAGUAACCUCAAGCCCCACCUGAGGAACAAAAAUGCUGAUAUCCUGACCUCUCCAGAUGUUGGCCUCCUCAAGCUGGCUUCUCCUGAACUGGAAAGGCUGAUUAUUCAGUCAGGAAAUGGACUGAUCACUACCACUCCGACCCCAACCCAGUUCCUCUGUCCCAAAAAUGUCACCGAUGAGCAAGAAGGUUUUGCUGAAGGCUUUGUCAGGGCACUCGCAGAGCUACACAAUCAAAACACCAUGCCGAAUGUUACCUCCGCUGCUCCGCCUACGAACUCCGGCAUGGCCCCUGUCUCUUCCAUGGCUGGAAACAGUGGCUUCAAUGCUAACAUGCACAGCGAGCCACCCGUCUAUGCUAAUCUCAGUAACUUCAAUCCUAGCGCACUCAAUACAGUGCCUUCCUACAAUGCAAACAACCUGGGCUUUCCUCCACAGCAUCAUAUAAACCCCCAGAUGCCAGUGCAGCAUCCGCGCCUCCAAGCUCUGAAAGAAGAGCCUCAGACUGUCCCAGAAAUGCCCGGGGAGACUCCUCCCCUGUCCCCUAUUGACAUGGAAUCCCAAGAAAGGAUCAAGGCAGAGAGAAAGCGCAUGAGAAAUCGAAUUGCAGCUUCCAAGUGCCGGAAAAGGAAGUUGGAGCGGAUUGCCAGGUUGGAAGAAAAAGUCAAAACUUUGAAAGCCCAGAACUCAGAACUCGCGUCUACUGCCAACAUGCUGCGAGAGCAGGUUGCACAGCUGAAGCAGAAGGUCAUGAAUCACGUCAAUAGUGGAUGCCAGCUAAUGCUCACACAGCAGUUGCAAACUUUUUGAAAAGACUGAAAAGUAACUUGAUGAGGAGAAAUUAAGGAGAGGAAAGCAUUUGGGAGGCAGACGCCCUCCCGCAACACACACACACUUGUGGUGGGUGGAAAGAAAUGGCUGAAAGGCAUUGAAUCCGAAGACUGCCACCCCCGAGUCAAAUGCAUGUGUGGAGAGACUGGUGUGCCUUUUGGGUGAGGUGGCGGCGUAUCAGUUGACAGAGCAACUCAGCAAAACAGCUGAGCUGUUCCACUCAGAUAAGGCAUGGGAUGCCUUGUGUUUGUCUUUCUUUUUCUCUCUUUUUUUAACAUUGACCAAGACUUGCAUGGACCUAACAUUAAAAUGAUCAUUCAGUAUUAAAAGUUAAACUGCAGUAGAUACUGUAGAUGGCUUUCUCUUAGUACUCCUUUUAAAAAAAAACAAAAAUAGGGAGGGUGUUUUGGGGAAGCUAACAACAGAAACUGGGCUAUACUGCCUGUCUGAGUUGUGUAUGUACAUGUAUAUUUUUUAUUUUAUGACAACUGAUUAAUGUCAAGUAAAACUACUUCAUGACUUUGUAAGUUAUUUUUUAUGUUCAUUUGGGUUCCACCCAGUAUUGUUUGUAAAUAAGAGAUUUUUUUAGCAACUUUUGAGUUUUUUUUCCAUUUGUAAUAAAGUAUAUAAUUUUUUUAAUGUUUAUUUCUGAAACAAAAGAAGGGGUUGAUCUUAUUUAAGAAAGCACCAGUAAUCCUUAUUUUCUUUUGAUAAGUAUUUAGAUUUCAAUUCUACACACACUUAACCUAGGAGCAAGUCUUAUUAACUUCAGUGGGGCUUACUGCUGAGUAGACAUACAAAGAUACUUGUAAAUCGGGCAUAACAGAAUCAACUUUUAGUUGAAUGUUAAAACUCUACUGAAGUGAGGAGUGAGAAACUCUUCUUUGAUCUUCACAUACUGUAACAACCAUUUAAAAAGUCUUGUGGUACUCCUGUUACAAUAAAACUAUUGGUCUUUAGAGUGCCAUAAAAUUCCUUGUGUUCUAAUUCCCAGGUGGGUAAAUUUUGUUUUGCCUAAGGGUAUCAAAUUUAUAUUCCUAGGUUACUAACAAAUACUGGAUGGGAAACAUAUAAAGACUUACACAUUCAGAUAUUUAUUUCAUGUAAGAGAACUAACUUCCUCUUAAAGGCAUCAUUUACGGAGGUGGUAUUAGAAAAAAAAACUAGACACCAGAAAUGCUUGACAAUCUAGUGCAAAUAAUUUAGUGAUCUACUGGUACAUUUUAAUCUACUUUUUGCCUAUCCCUGCUUUUAACUGGAAUACAAGAGACAUCUCAGUGACCCCCUGUGGUGGAAAAAAAGAGCUGCUAUCUAAUUUGACUUUAAACUUGUAUGGUUUGCUCCACAAAGAGCUACUGAUACAAUUUUAACAGAAGUGAAAAAAAGUUAUUCUGUAUCUACGUACUUGUAGAAUAAACUUUUUUUAAAGUAUUAACUGGCCAUUUCACAAUUACAUGUUCUUAAGAAAAUAUUGAUAACCUUUUGGAAGAAACCACUGUUUUUAAAAGCAACCAAUUUGUCACCUUUCUGUUUGUUAUCUCUUUGAUUUUUUUUAAAAAGCUCUCUGUUCAUAAGUAUUUAGGACUAUGCCUGUUGUCCAAUAAAACCAUUCUAUUAAUCUUCCAA